GGAACGCUUCUUUCAACAGCAGCAACAGUUCGUCAGACACCUCGGUAGCUUGUAGACAAAAUAGCCGAACCAAUAAAGCUCUUUAGACGCUUUAGUGUAUAUUACUAUACUGUGUUUUAAAUCAACUUCUGUUGUUUAGUUAGUUAUCCCAUUUAAUUUCAUAUUUAUGGUGUUGUUGUUAGUCAGCUAGCGGGCUGGUUAAGUUAGCAUUAGCCUAGCUAGCUAACAUCCCCGACCAUGAGUUCACUAAACUGCUCUCCUCCUGAUAAAGAAGAGGAGGUCUGCUGGACGGAGAAAGAAGAUCUGGGGCUGAACAUUGUCAUCAAAGAGGAGAAGGAAGAGGAGGUUGUUACAAUACCAAAACAAGUAGAGAGUGAGGCUGUUACAGUGAAAGAAGAAGAGAAAGACGUUUCAGUGAAAGAGGAGGAGGAUGUUACAGUAAAAGAAGAGGAGAAAGAGGAGGAUGCCGUUUUUGGAGUGAAAGAGGAGGAGGGGGAGAUGACUGUUACAUCGAAAAAGGAGGAGGAAACUGGAUAUCUGGGCCCGGUUUCCCAAAUGCAUCUUAAGGCGUCCAAUGGUUCAAAUGAUGAAUUUAGCCGUAAGAUGGUUUUGAGAAACCGUUCCCUGAUUAACACUAGAGAGCGUCAUGACGAUCGUGGAUCCUCUGGGGAGCCUCAACAACAUCAUGAAGCUGAAGAGGCAGAGGAGAGUUUUUCCGCAUCAGAACAUCUCAAGAAACAGAAGCGGAAACGCACAGGGAAGAAACCUCACCGCUGCUCUGACUGUGGGAAGAGAUUCACAUCUUCAGCAGACCACAAAAGACAUCAGAGAAUCCAUACAGGAGAGAAACCUUAUAGCUGCACUGACUGUGGGAAGAGAUUUACUGAUCUAAGCAGCCUGAAAAGACACCAGAGAAUUCACACGGGAGAGAAACCUUAUAGCUGCACUGACUGUGGGAAGAGUUUUAAUGUUCCAAGCAGCCUGAAAACACACCAAAGAAUUCACACUGGAGAGAAACCUUAUAGCUGCACUGACUGUGGGAAGAGUUUUAAUGUUCCAAGCAGCCUGAAAACACACCAAAGAAUUCACACGGGAGAGAAACCGUAUAGCUGUGAUCAAUGUGGGAAGAGUUUUGUUUCAUCUAGCCAGCUGACUGUACACCAGAGACCACACACAGGAGAGAAAUGUUAUAGCUGUGAUCAAUGUGGGAAGAGUUUUGUUUCAUCUAGCAAGCUGACUGCACACCAGAAAACACACACAGGAGAGAAAUCGUAUAGCUGUGAUCAAUGUGGGAAGAGAUACUCUGGUAAAAGAUCUCUGAUUAGACAUCAGAAAAUACAUGAAGGAGUUGUUCCAUGAUAUCAAUAAAAUGUCACAAUGUAGAACCCUAAA